AAACCCUUUUGGCUCUGAAGGAUAAGAUACAGACGCAAGAGGAGGGAAGUGAAGGCCAAAAUGGCGCACACAUGCGUCGCAUUCAAUUCUCUCAUCUUCUCCUCAAACCCUACUUCUUCUUCCGAUUCUCACAAGCUUUCUUUUUCCUCUAGGAAAUUUACAAAAUUGGUUGGGAGUGAAAAAAGACUUCGGGUUGCGCCAGUGAAGGCUGCCUAUUCUGGGGAGUUUUGGGCGCCGGACAAGAAUUCUAGGCAGGGAAUUUGGUCCGUUAGGGAUGAUUUGCAAAUCCCAUCUUCGGCCUACUUCCCUACAUAUGCACAAGGAGGGCAAGGGCCGCCUCCAAUGGUGCAGGAGCGUUUUCAGAGUGUCGUCAGUCAGCUUUUUCAACAUAGAAUAAUCCGAUGUGGUGGAGCUGUUGACGAUGAUAUGGCAAACAUCAUAGUGGCUCAGCUUCUCUAUCUUGAUGCUGUUGAUCCUGACAAGGAUAUUGUCAUGUAUGUGAACUCUCCAGGAGGAUCAGUUACAGCUGGCAUGGCCAUAUUUGACACGAUGAGGCAUAUCCGACCUGAUGUUUCCACUGUAUGCGUUGGACUAGCAGCCAGCAUGGGAGCAUUCCUGCUUAGCUGUGGCACCAAGGGAAAAAGAUAUAGCUUGCCAAACUCAAGGAUCAUGAUCCAUCAGCCUCUCGGUGGAGCUCAAGGUGGGCAAACUGACAUAGAUAUUCAGGCAAAUGAAAUGCUGCACCACAAGGCUAAUCUGAAUGGGUAUCUCUCCUACCACACCGGUCAGAGCCUUGAGAAGAUCAACCAAGACACUGAUCGUGAUUUCUUCAUGAGCGCGAAAGAAGCCAAGGAGUAUGGACUUAUAGAUGGCGUUAUCUUGAAUCCUCUAAAGGCUCUCAAGCCUCUGGCGGCUACUGCAGAUCAGUGAAGUCUUGUUUGGCAUGUAACUUGCCAUAGUGAUUGCUGCAAUGAAUUUUGUAGAGUUAAUGGGACUGAUAUUUAAUUGCUGAAUAAUAUUUAUUUCUAUGGGGCACAGGAAAUUAAUCUCUGGUACUGAUUUCCUGGAACUAAAGCUUGAAAAAUGGGUUGACUCUGAACAAGUGUUGACUUUGUGCUUUAAGGGAAGGGUUCGUGGGAGGUUCCAGGUUCAAGUCGGGAACAAAAAUUUACUUAUCAAAAAAACAAAAGGCACCCAUCUUGCUGAUAUAGUAAUACAUUACCUCUUGAAUCACAGUUUCUGAGAAU